AUGUUUACGACCAAUCUCACCAAAUACGAUAAAUCUCUCCGACUCCCAAGUCCAAAGUUCUUAUCAGCGACUCAACCACUUGGGUCUUCAACGUUUGCUUGCACUAGCUGCUGUCUAUCCUUCUGUUUACAAGAUGACUUGACCAUUCAUCAAGGUUCUUCUCAUGGUUCCAAGAUUGAUACUCUAUGCACAGUAAAAGGCCAGGACGAUUCAGUCUUUUCACUAGUGAAGAUGCUUUUAGACGCUAAGUUGGAUCAUCCAAAAACUAUUUUUAAAUGUAGGUUUUGCGAUUUAACUUUUAGAAAACAUAAAGGAUUAAAGCAACAUGUUGGGAAAAUUCACCUAACAAAAAACAAAAAUGCCAGAUGUCCACAUUGUACAAAGAGGUUCAGACAUAAAUACGCAGUCAGAUUUCAUGUCAAGCAAGUCCACACGAAGACGACAAGAGUGGUUUGUGAGGAAUGUGGAAAAGUCAUGUAUAACAAAUACUUACUAGUCCAGCAUGCAAAAGUCUGCAGUCAUAAUCAUUAG